AACACACCAAACUCCGCGGUCCGGGAUGCGACAGUCACUGUAGAAGAUAGCUGCAGAACAAGCACCACAAAUACACACUUCACCUCAAAAAUCAGAUUACCGGGACAGACCAACAGUCAGCCAUAGAUACAACCAACCAGCCAGCCAGUCAAUCAGCAGCCGGGACACUCACUCAUUGAGCGCAGUCUGCUAGCAGGAGGCUAACGGCUAACACCGACAUGGCGAGCGCCUCGUACCACAUCUCCAACCUGCUGGAGAAAAUGACUUCCAGCGACAAGGAUUUCAGGUUUAUGGCCACAAACGACUUGAUGACGGAGCUACAAAAAGAUUCAAUCAAACUGGACGACGACAGUGAGAGGAAGGUGGUGAGGAUGAUUCUCAAACUGUUGGAAGACAAGAAUGGGGAAGUUCAGAACCUGGCUGUCAAAUGCCUGGGGCCCCUGGUCAGUAAGGUGAAGGAGUACCAGGUGGAGACGAUCGUGGACACUCUGUGCACCAACAUGCUGUCGGACAAAGAACAACUCAGAGACAUCUCCUCCAUCGGACUCAAAACUGUGAUCGGAGAAUUACCGCCCGCCUCCAGUGGCUCAGCUUUAGCUGCCAGCGUGUGUAAGAAGAUCACGGGUCGUCUGACGAGCGCCAUCGCCAAACAGGAAGACGUCUCUGUGCAGCUAGAGGCGCUCGACAUCAUGGCUGACAUGCUGUGCAGACAGGGAGGUCUGUUAGUAAAUUUCCACCCCUCCAUCCUCAGCUGCCUGCUCCCUCAGCUCACCUCCCCCAGACUGGCUGUCAGAAAGAGGACUAUCAUGGCUCUGGGCCACCUGGUGAUGUCCUGCGGGAACCUGGUCUUCAUUGAUCUGAUCGAACACCUCCUGACCGAGCUGGGGAGGAACGACAACAUGUCGACCACAAGAACCUACAUCCAGUGCACAGCCGCCAUCAGCAGACAGGCAGGACACCGGAUUGGAGAGUAUCUGGAGAAGAUCAUUCCUCUGGUAGUGAAGUUUUGUAAUGUUGAUGAUGACGAGCUCAGAGAGUACUGCAUCCAGGCCUUCGAGUCCUUCGUUAGGAGGUGUCCUAAAGAAGUUUACCCCCAUGUCCCCACCGUCAUCUCCAUCUGUCUGCGCUACCUGACCUACGACCCCAACUAUAACUUUGACGAUGAAGAUGAGGAUGACAAUGCCAUGGACGCUGAGCAGAACGAUGAAGAGUACCAAGGCAGCGAUGAUGAGUACAGUGACGACGACGACAUGAGCUGGAAGGUUCGACGGGCAGCAGCAAAGUGUUUGGACGCCGUCGUUUCAACUCGCCACGAGAUGCUGCCGGAGUUUUACCGCUCUGUCUCACCCGCGCUUGUCUGUCGCUUUAAGGAGAGGGAGGAGAACGUGAAGGCGGAUGUUUUCCAUGCCUACCUGUCAUUGCUGAAACAGACCAGACCAGCUCAGAGCUGGUUGGCUGACCCAGAUGCCAUGGAGCAGGGGGACACACCGCUAACGAUGCUGCAGAGCCAGGUUCCCAUGAUAGUGAAAGCUCUUCACAAGCAGCUGAAAGAGAAAAGUGUCAAAACACGUCAAUGUUGUUUCAACAUGUUGACUGAGCUGGUGAAUGUCCUCCCUGGAGCCCUGACUCAGCACAUCCCAGUACUUAUACCAGGUAUCAUCUUCUCUCUGAAUGAUAAGUCGAGCAGCUCCAACCUGAAAAUUGACGCCUUGGCCUGCCUGCAUGUCAUCAUGGUCACUCACCCUGCUCAUGCCUUCCAUGCCCAUGUCCCCGCCCUUGUCCCACCCGUGGUGGCGUGUGUGGGAGACCCCUUUUACAAGAUUACCUCUGAGGCUCUGCUUGUCACUCAGCAGCUCGUCAAGGUGAUCCGACCUCUGGACAACCAAUCAGAGGGCUCAGACAACUUUGACCCCUCCCCCUACAUUAACGACUUGUUCGCUUGUACGAUCAGACGGCUGAAAGCUGCCGACAUCGAUCAGGAAGUCAAAGAACGAGCCAUUUCCUGUAUGGGGCAGAUCAUCUGCAACCUGGGAGACCAUUUACCCAACGAACUAACUGGGACAUUACUGAUUUUCUUAGAACGCCUCAAGAACGAAAUCACAAGACUGACGACAGUGAAGGCUCUGACGCUGAUUGCCGGCUCGCUGUUGAAAAUUGAUCUGCGGCCAGUUCUCCCCGAUGCCAUUCCCAUCCUUGCUUCCUUCCUCCGCAAGAACCAGCGCGCCCUGAAGCUUUGCACACUGGCUGCUCUGGACAUCCUGCUCAGAAACUACAGCUCUGCAGUGACUCCGGUCAUGGUGGACGCCGUCCUGGCUGAGCUGCCUCCUCUCAUCUCAGAGAGCGACAUGCACGUGUCUCAGAUGGCGCUGAGCUUCCUGUCCACACUGGCGGUGACUCACCCGUCCUCGCUGGGUCAGCUGAGCGGAGGAAACCUCCUCCAGCAGCUCAUUGCACUGGUUCGAUCCCCGCUGUUGCAGGGCGGAGCUCUCGCCGCCAUGCUGGACUUCUACCAGGCUCUGGUGACUACUGACACUCCUGGGCUGGGUUACAUGGACCUGCUGAGGAUGCUGACUGGUCCAGUUUACUCCCAGAGUACCGCUCUGCCUCACAAGCAGGCCUACUGCUCCAUCGCUAAGUGUGUGGCAGCUCUGACCCGAGCCUGUCCCACCGAGGGGCCUGCUGUGGUUGGGCAGUUCAUCCAGGAUGUGAAGAACAGCCGCUCCACAGACUCCAUCAGACUGCUUGCUCUGCUCUCAUUGGGUGAGGUGGGUCACCAUGUGGACCUCAGCGGCCAACCGGAGCUCAAAACGGUCAUCCUGGACGCCUUCUCCUCCUCCAGUGAAGAGGUGAAGUCAGCAGCCUCCUAUGCGUUGGGCAGUAUUGCGGUGGGGAAUCUCCCAGAGUAUUUACCCUUCGUCCUGCAGGAGAUUUCGUCCUCCAAGAGACAGUACCUGCUUCUCCACUCGCUCAAAGAGAUCAUCAGCUCUGCAUCCGUGUCCGGUCUGAAGCCGUACGUGGAGUCGGUUUGGUCUCUGCUGCUCAAACACUGCGAGUGUCAGGAGGAAGGAACCAGGAAUGUGGUGGCCGAAUGUCUGGGCAAACUGACGCUGAUCGAUCCGGAAACUCUGCUGCCCCGCCUCAAAGGAUACCUACUGUCAGGUUCGUCGUAUGCCAGGAGCUCUGUGGUAACGGCAGUCAAGUUCACAAUCUCUGACCAGCCACAGCCCAUCGACCCACUGCUGAAGAACUGCAUAGGUGAUUUCUUGAAGACGCUGGAGGACCCGGAUCUGAACGUGCGUCGUGUUGCCUUAGUAACGUUUAACUCCGCGGCCCAUAAUAAGCCCAGUCUGAUCCGAGAGCUGCUGGACUCUGUUCUUCCACAGCUUUACAACGAGACCAAAGUGAGGAAGGAGCUGAUCAGAGAGGUGGAGAUGGGUCCUUUCAAACACACGGUGGAUGACGGUUUGGACCUGAGAAAGGCUGCGUUUGAGUGCAUGUACACUCUGCUGGACAGCUGCUUGGACCGACUCGACAUCUUCACCUUCCUCAACCACGUAGAGGACGGCCUCAAGGACCACUACGACAUUAAGAUGCUGACCUUCCUGAUGCUGGCCCGACUGUCAUCCCUCUGUCCCAGUGCUGUUCUGCAGAGACUGGACAGACUGGUGGAACCACUGAGAGCCACCUGCACCACCAAGGUGAAGGCGAACUCGGUGAAACAGGAGUUUGAGAAGCAGGAUGAACUGAAGAGGUCAGCAAUGCGAGCCGUUGUCGCUCUGCUGACAAUCCCAGAGGCCGAGAAGUCGCCGCUGAUGUCAGAGUUCCAGUCCCAGAUCUCGUCCAAUCAGGAGCUUGCGGCCAUCUUUGACUCCAUCCAGAGGGACUCGAGCUCCGCCAACAUGGAGUCCAUGGACACCAGCUAAAAAGAUGGAACAAACAAGUUCCCACAAUGCGACACGGCACCACCCCUGCUGCUGGAGCGCUAACCCUGCAGCAUGUUUCCAUGACAACAGGACGCAAACGCACACACUCUCUCUCACGCGCACACACACACACACACACACACACACACGACACUCGUAGUGACACCGUUUCUUAGCAAUCGAUUGUUCCAUGAUGCAUUGCACUGAAAUCAGCUGCUGGGAAAAGAAAGGAAGUAGACUGAUGUACGGCUCACACAUACGGACAAAAAGGAUAAAAACACAGAACAAAAAAAUGUCAAAAUAAUAAGUUCCAUAUGAAGCUUGGAAGCUCCUCCCAGUUCCAGUUUGUUUGUCGAAUGAGGUCAUCUGAUUGGUUGAUCUCCCUGUUCAUCAUUCUUUCGUUUUUUUUUUUUUUUUUUUUUUUUUUUCAUAAUUCCAGACCGAUCAACAGGUACUGUAACCUGAUUGGCCGCUGCUUAGUGACUGACAGUUGGCACGUUAUCAAAACUGACUAAUUGGAAAAAUAGCCUUUCCUAGCAAAGGCUGUGGUGACCAAUGGGAGAAGGGCUUGCUCUGGGUUUUUGUUUUGGUUUUGGUUUUUGUGGGGAGGUUGCGAAUGAUAUAGGCAACCAAUGGAUGCUUGGAGUGUGACAACAGGUGGGCGGGCUUUUAAUGUUUGUGGACCAAUCAGCUUUUUUGUUUUCCUGAUUCAAUAGACCUGCCCUCAAUCCCUUCACUUCUUGAAAGGGAGGAAGGGAGUAGGAGAUUAUUGGACCAGGUGCCAUCUGACCAGACCUGACUGAACCAUACUGAUGACUAUAUUCUGUGGCUGUUGCCAUGGUAAUACAAGGUAACAAUAUUUGGUUCAGUAUUUUUGUUGCUGUGACUCAGGCUCACCCCAAACCAGUUCCAUCUGGUUCAGUGUAGUCAGGACGGGUUUGAUCUGCUAUGUUCCACUCUGGUUUGUGCUGAUUAAAGCAGGUCCCAGCCUGGUUUUAUCUGGUUCCGUCGGGUCUGGUCAGGACAGUCCACUGUUGUUUGUCGCCCGAGAAAAAUAAAAAAGGUCCAUUUCUGCCUGCCUUCA